CCGCCUGUCUUGCCGAGCCUGUUCCCGGAAGUGCAUCUACUUGUCUCCAGCGAGAUGGCUUCAAGGUUACUUCGGGGAGUGGGCGCUCUGGCGGCUCAGGCUCUGAGGGCCCGCGGGCCCCAUGGCGCGGUUGCGACGCGCUCCAUGGCUUCUAGAGGUGGUGGUGUUCCUACUGAUGAGGAGCAGGCUACAGGGCUGGAGAGGGAGAUCAUGAUAGCCUCAGAGAAGGGACUGGAUCCGUACAAUAUGCUACCUCCGAAGGCAGCUUCAGGCACCAAGGAAGAUCCUAAUUUAGUCCCGUCCAUCAGCAACAAGCGGAUAGUGGGCUGCAUCUGUGAAGAGGACAACUGUACCGUCAUCUGGUUUUGGCUGCAUAAAGGCGAGACUCAGCGGUGCCCAAGCUGUGGAACCCAUUAUAAGCUGGUGCCCCACCAACUGGCCCACUGAGCCCUGCGUUAACUUUUCAGAAUGUGAUGGAAAACUUCCCUCCAAUAAACUAGCCGUUGUAUUGGCUCCUCCCAUA